GUAAACAGGAGGCUGAGAAAGGGAGUCGUUUCUGUCAUCCGGCGCCGUUAUCCUUCACCAGAAAUGUGCUUUCUGGAAUGUUCUCUCUUUCACCAGGACUCAUGAUGCACAGGGAUGUUGGUUUUGUAACACCGGCUUUCGAUUUCUUAAUCUAGUGCCUCGUUGUAGGGUAUAAGAAAAAAAAGCUCAGGGAUGCUGCAUGGUACAGGCAAAGCUGCAGAUUUGAUUUUGGUUUAUUUUUUGAGCAGUAUCAAAAAUCUGGGUUUUAUCGACACAAUCUUAACUUGUCCAGGUUCUCAUUUGGAAGGUUUUUGUGAAGCCUCGUCAAUAUUGAUUGAAUAGGCCCAGUUAGGACUCGUCAUCAUUCUUAUACUUGACUUUAACGUAGAUCUGCCUCAACACAAAUCGGAUUGUAAUAUAUAUCUAUAUACAAUUCAGUCCUAAAUGAAAAAGAAGCCAUUCUUUCCUAAACCGUCAUGGGACAAGGCGUUCGGAAAGAAGCCCAGAACGUACUGCAGGAGCAACACCAGGAUAAUCGCCAACCCCGGCUUGGUCAUCAAGGUGCUGCUUCAGAAGAAGAUCAUCGUGUUUCUUGCCUACUUUGUACUUGUGGCGUUGACAAUGCUCAACCUGGCUAACUACAAAUGGGCCAAUGAAACGCAACCGUGCAGCCUGCAGGUGAGCAAUAACCUGAACUCAAAGAGCAGACUGAACCUUCAUUUGCUCUACAACUCCCCGCAGGUGAGGAGACGCCAACUCGUGUACGUGUUAACCACCUGGCGCUCUGGCUCGUCCUUCUUCGGGGAACUUUUCAACCAAAACCCCGGAGUGUUCUUUUUGUACGAACCACUGUGGCACAUUUGGCAGAAGCUCUACCCUGGAGAUGCCUUGACCCUCCAAGGAGCAGAGAGGGACAUGCUUAGUGCUCUGUACAGGUGUGAUUUCUCCAUUUUUCAGAUGUACAACACUGAACUUGGGAAGAAUAUAAGCACUCAAGAUAUCUUUGGUGCCCCAUUUAAUAAAGUCAUCUGCUCCUAUCCACUUUGCUCAUAUUAUAGGAAGGACAUAGUGGGACUGGUGGAUGACAAAGUGUGUAAAAACUGUCCACUUCGAAGCCUUGAAGCGUUGGAGGAGCAGUGCCUGAAAUAUGACACUGUUGUGAUUAAAGGAGUACGUGUUUUGGACAUAAAUGUCUUAGCUCCUUUGAUAAUGGACCCCUUGCUUGAUCUGAAAGUUGUCCACUUGGUGCGGGACCCCCGAGCUAUGGCCAACUCCAGAAUCAAAUCCAAGCACGGCCUGAUUCGCGAGAACCUCCAGGUGAUUCGGAGCAGGGACCCGAUGAUGCGUCACAUACCGAUGGCUUUCCACAACCCCAAAGGCUUCCGGAGAGACGCUGACUACCAUGCUGUCACGGCCAUGGAAGUGAUUUGCGAGCACAUGUCCAAGACUCUGAAUACUGUCCUCAGACGUCCCGACUGGCUCAAAGGAAAGUACUUUCUUGUGCGAUACGAGGACUUAGUGGAAAACCCAAUCAGGACCUUGAAGCAGGUUUACGGCUUUGUAAACCUGACAGCGAGUCAUGACAUGGAAGCUUUUGUCAUGAACAUGACUAGUGGUCGCAGUAACUCUGCCCUGCCUUUUCAAGUUUCGUCCAGGAACGCGACUAUGGCUGCCAGCUCCUGGAGAACCGUUCUCAACCUGCAGCAAAUUCGUCAGGCGGAGGACUACUGCCGUCAUGCCAUGUCUGUACUUGGAUAUGUACGUGCUCGGACAAUGUGGGAGGUGAGGGACUUGAAGAAGAGUUUAUUAACCUUACCCAAGGUCUGAAACUCAAACUUUCGAUAAAUGAAGUAAUUGGAAUUGUUUCAUGAUUUAUUUUCUGGUAUUGUUUUGACCAAAACAAAAUUUGUUGUCUUAAACUGUGCCAGGAUAUCAACUCAGGAAUCUGAGAUUGCUUCAGAAUACAUUUCUUGAUAAAUGUGUGAUGCCUCAAGGCUUUUGGCGUAAACAAAAUGGAAACUUACUGGUUUGUGGGAAAUUUACCAUAUUGAUUUUAUGCCUUUUGAUAUUAAUAUUAAGAUCGUGCAGGGAAUAUUUUUUUUACUUAUGUUACAGACUAAUGUUUUCCUUGGGGUUUGGGGUCCAUUUCUAAUGUCUGUACCGCAGCAAACAAUGUGUACUUGUUUUUGGUUUGUUAUAAUGGGAAAAUAUUUUUAAGUGCCUUGUUC